AUGUCCGCUACGGUACUCGAGACUGCCACCGGCCUUGAAACGCCCACUGCCACACUCUCCCUCCGCGGUGGGCCAGACCCCGCCCCCGCCCCCUCCCCUGCCGCCGAGGCCAAGCAAAAGGCUGAGCCAGCCCAGCGCCGCUCCAACUUCCUCCCCGCCCCCGGCCCAGACUACAAAUACGCCCGUUUCCUCCCCUCUUACGACCACGACCUCCAUCUCCCUCCCCUCGAGCCUUUCGAGCACGUCGACCCCGGGCACGCUGCUUUGAAGCACGAGAACCCGAGAGAGUUUUUGAAAGGGGAGGGGAAGAGGGAGGUGAGGUUGACGCCGAAGAUUGGGAGUGAGGUGCAUGGGGUGCAGUUGAGUCAGUUGGAUGAGCGCGCCAAGAGCCAGCUCGCGCUCUUUGUAGCCCAACGCGGCGUGGUCGUCUUCCGGGACCAAGACUUUAUCGACCAAGACCCUGAAUGGCAACUCCACUCCUGGGGAUCCACCUUCGGCCGUCUGCACAUUCACCCCACCUCUGGCCAACCCGCCGAAUUCCCUGAAUUCCACCUCGUUUACAGAGAAGCCAGCGCCAAAAAGACCUUCAUCUCUUACUAUGCCGACCGACUGUCGACGACGGGGUGGCAUAGUGAUGUGACGUACGAGCUCCAGCCGCCGGGACUGACGACGCUGUUUUUGUAUGAUUCGCCGGAUACGGGGGGCGAUACGGUUUACAAAGCAGAGGCAUACAACCGCCUCUCUCCCUCCUUCCGCGCCUACCUCGAGACACUCACCGUCAUCCACUCUGGUGUGGAACAAGCCGAAUUCUCGCGCCGUGGUAACCGUGGCGGUGUCGUCAAACGUGAGCCUGUCGAGACGGAGCACCCACUCGUGAGGAGACAUCCGGUGACGGGCGAGAAGGCGUUGUUUGUGAACAAGCAGUUUUCGACAAGGAUUGUGGGGUUAAAGUAUGAAGAGUCGGAAGCGAUUUUGAACUUGUUGUACACGCAUAUCGCCCAAGGCCAAGAUUUCCAGGUCCGCGCGAAAUGGGAACCCAGGACCGUCGUCCUCUGGGACAACCGAGUGACAGCACACUCUGCCACGGGCGACUACGACCCCAACAAUGACGGUUUCCGACAUGGUACGCGUAUCACGCCCCAGGCUGAGAGGCCUUUCAUAUAA